CAGUCACAGACACCCCCGAUACACAAGGAACCUGGACUCUGUCAGGGCUGCAGGCAGGAACACUAUACCAGAUCAGGUACAGAUCAGUCAGUGCUGUUGGAGUGAGUGAGGCCAGUGAAGCCAUUGAGAUUCAGACCAAACCCAACCCAAGAGGUCCUGAAGAGCUUUCAAUUAAAAGAGUCGGGCUCCAGGCAGUUCAAGUCACUUGGAAGGAACCAGCUUCCGAAGAGGAAAGGCGGAGUGUACUUCGCUACAGAGUAGAAUAUAAAAACGACAGAUGGGAGGAGUGGGUGGCAAAGCUGUCAAAGCCUGGGGAGUGUGUCUGCACUUUAGUGGGACUAAAGUACUCCAACCUGUACAGAGUCAGAGUGUCCGCCGUCUUCACAGAGGCUGAAACAAGUGCAACCAGUCAAGAGGCUGAGGUCCCGCCUAUGCAAGGUUCCUGCGUGAGGAUGUCUGAGCUCAGCGAGGAGAUGGUUGCAGAGCUGCUGUCUCUGAAGAAGAGGAAUCUCAUUAAGAACCCCCAUGGAGCAGAGCAGUUUGAAGGCUGGGAGAUCACAAAGAAUGGUGGCUGUCAGUGGCGUGUGGAGGAGCUCCCAGGGGAUUGUGGGAAGGAAUUCCCAGACAAGACGGUCCAAAGCUACUUUGCUACGUCCUUUGCGCUAUGUCUAAAGAAGCAGGUGCUGGACCUGCGAGCUGAGGGCUACUCCGAGGAGCUGCUGGACACAGUGCAGCCCAAGAUCACUGUGCAAGACUGGUAUGCGGGGCGCUUAGACUGCGGCUGCAUUUACCAGCUGUGUGUGUCUCUGCUCAACGAGAGCCAGGAGACGGUCCAGGAGUUCAAACCAGACCCUGUGAGCUUGGAGCCGGAGAACUCGGACUGCAGCUGGAGCCAGGUGACACACACCUUCGAGGGUUACGGCCCUGGAGUUCGCUUUGUUAGUUUUGAACACGGAGGUCAGGACUCCAAGUACUGGAAGGGCUGGUUCGGGGUUCGAGUCACAAACAGCUCAGUGGAAGUGCAGCCAUGAGGGGGCGCCAGCGCACCCUGGAACUCUACAAUACAUACCUGUCUAUCUAUCUAUCUAUCUAUCUAUCUAUCUAUCUAUCUAUCUAUCUAUCUAUUUAUCUAUCUAUCUAUCUAUCUAUCCAUCUAUCUAUCUAUCUAUAUAUCUAUGUAUCUAUCUAGCUAGCUAUCUAUCUGUCUAUAUCUAUAUACAGAUAUGACUGUCGCCUUGUUCUUGAUCAGACAUCACUCUGCUGAGCUUCUGCAAUAGGGAGGGUUUAACCCUCCACUCCUUCUCUGGGUCUUGCUUCAACCAGGAAGAAAUAUCUAUUUAAAUCUGCUUUGAGCAUCACUGCAAUCUAUCGCCGGCUGCAUUUCAUAUCAAUGUAAUCCACUGUUGCUGUUAACUAUAGCCAGGACC